GGUGCAUUUGUAUUAUAUCUUUAAUUAUUUAUCACAGCAAUAGAAAUUUUAUGACUUUUAUAAGAUAUCUAUGAUAAAUCUACAAUGCUACAUAGAGAUCAAAAUUUUUCUAGUUUUUAAAGGGGACACGUAAACAGAAUCUGACAGUUUGUUUGCCCAUAUAUUCAUAUUUCGACUUAAAUUUAUCGUAAAGGCGGUGAAUAUUUGGAGGAUAUGAUUUCAGACUUUUUAUUAUUCGGGACUCUACUCGUGAAUGCGGGAGCCGUUUUAAACUUCAGUUUAAAAAAGAAGAAAACUGAUCCAAGUUUUGGAAGCGAACAAUUAGCACCAACUACAGGCGACAAAAUUCGUGAAUUUCUUGGAAACCUUCGUUAUUUUCGCUUAGUCAUCGCAAUGUGGAAUAUUUUUAUGAUGUUUUCUAUGAUAAUAUUCUUUGGAUCUUGAAUCUUUUUGAAUGAAAAGAUAUUUUAACUUGAAAAAUAUUUAUUUUUGUUUGUAAAAGCACAAACUACAAACUGUACAGCGUAGUUAUUCAUGCACAAUAUUUUCUGGUAAUGGAAUAGUGUUAUAGUGUUUCUUAGCAUUGCUAAACCAUUAUUUAUCCAUUAUGUGAUUACACAGAUAUAACUUUAGCAAGAAUCCUUUUCUAAGCAAUGUUUGAAAUAGUAAACUUACGAGCAAUUAUUCUGAUAUAAAAUUGUUGUGGUGCAAAUGUAUGACACGAUUGUUGAAUAAAGUCUUUAUUUCUCCAAGU